UGCUGCUUUGCUCUUCUGUUCUCUCCUCCUUACUUGGCUUUUAAUACCAACCCUCAGCUCUCCACAAUGGAAGCCUUCUCAUACGAGCAGCACCAAGACCCUUUCUUUCUAGACUCUCCUAUCCUUCCAUCCACCCUCUUUGAGAUGCCCCUUCCCACACAGCAAGUUGGAGAGAUGAACAAUAACUCCCCUUCUUGCUUCCCCUACUGCUUCUCACCUGAAGCCAUCCUAGGGGUCUCAUCAGUUGAUACCAGAGCCUAUGAGAGCAGCAGCUCUCUUGACACUGCCGCAAAAGCUCCUUCACUUGAGAGUCAGGUUGCUCCUCCACCAGUGGUAAUGGAAUCCCAUGAUGAGAAGGUUCCCAAACACCAUGGCUCCAUGGGGAAGAAAACAAAGAAUGGAGGCAAGACUUGCUUGAGUUCAGGUCACUCCAAAAGUGCGAAGGAAAGCAAGAGUGGGAAGCAGAGAAAACACAAUGGUGAGUUGAAGGGAAAAGAGGAGAAGAAGCCCAAAUGUGAUGAUUCCAAAGCCACAGAGGCUGGUGAGGAGCUCCCUGCAGGGUACAUUCAUGUAAGAGCAAGGAGAGGUCAAGCAACAGACAGCCACAGCCUUGCGGAAAGGGUCAGAAGGGAGAAGAUUAGUGAGAGGAUGAAGAUGCUGCAGGGUCUUGUUCCUGGCUGUGAUAAGGCUACUGGAAAGGCCCUAAUGCUGGAUGAGAUAAUUAACUAUGUGCAAUCUUUGCAGCACCAAGUUGAGUUUCUUUCCAUGAGGCUUGCUUCCACAAAUCCCCUGUUAUAUGACUUUGGGGUGGAUCUUGAUGACUACAUGAAUAAAUCAGAGGCAGGAUAAAAAUCCAAAAUUUAUUUUAUAUGUCUUUGUUUGUAGUUCCUUGUUAUGCAUUGAUUUCCGUGCAUGGUAUCUGAUAUUGGUGGAUUUGUAACAAAAAAUUCAGAAAAUGGGGAGCAUACCUCUUCAAGUGCCACUUGUGAACCAAACCACUCACAUUCAGCCUACAGCUUUUGAGAAUGCUACAAAUAGCUACCAAAUGAUGCAUCCUUCUAUGCCUCUUUCACUACAUUGCCAGGGACCCACUGCCUUUCCUCAGGAUGGUGGCAGUCUUAUGAUCCAAGUGGGAGAACAAAGACAACAAAUUCUCAAUCAAUUUGAGUUCAACAAUAUGAGCUCUUUUCAGUAGAUAAACAAUAGCCUUUGAUACUCUUGCAUGAAGAGAAACAGUACUGUGGCCAGUUGGAGACAUAGCAGUACAAGAGACCCAGAUGGACAGCUCUCUCGUUGCUCUUGAGAUGGUUUUUGCCCACAAUGCCUUGCUCCUCAUUCCAUGUCAAUAAGAGCUUCCUUCCAGAGUUUGCACUAAAUUUGUGACACAAGGGCAAAGCCAGGGCAUGGAAAAGCUGACAAUGUUGAGACUGUAUCUCCAAUAGAUUCAUGCACAAUACCAAGAGGCUAUUCCUGGAUGUUAAACUUAAAAAGAAUAAUAAGAAAAAUUAAAAAGUUGUUUUUUUUUUUUAUUUUGUAAUAUUCUCAGUUUUACACAGAGAGAGAGGGGGGGAGAGAGCUGAAGGAUCCUUGUAUCACAGGAAGCUGAUAAGACUGGGCACUGAGAUAAGAUUUCUUUGCUGCUUUUUUGGACUUUUUUUUUCCGAAAAUUCAUGCGUAUUUGUAUAAUCUUCAAUAUACUGUUAUUGUUGCUAUUUAAGUUGUGGAUCUGAGCAAAAUAUACUGAGUGUAUGAUUGUAGACAAGGCAUCUUAGUGGAAAAUAUAUGCUUCACUUUU